UCCUUAGAUUCAAUCGGAACGACCGUCUAAAGCAAGCCCUUCCGGCUAAACAUGAGCCAGCAAAAGUAGUCCUCUCCGAAAGUAUUGAUAAACAGAUCGAAAGUGUCAAAUUUAAAGUGUGGUGAAAGUUUAAAAAUUUCAUAACAGUGCGCAGCAAUCCGUGAACAAGAAGUCCGUCCGUCGUAGAGAAAUGUCACUGCUUGUAGCACGACGUGUGGGGAACCUUAUAAAUGUGCGCUUCACGCGACUGAUAAGCACGCACACCACGCCACUGUUUGCGAAGGAAAACUACGACUAUGACCUGGUGGUCAUCGGUGGCGGCUCGGGCGGUCUGGCCUGCGCCAAGGAGGCGAUCCAGUUUGGCGCCAAGGUGGCCGUGCUCGACUUUGUGGUGCCGUCGCCCCGUGGCACCAAGUGGGGCCUCGGCGGAACCUGCGUGAACGUGGGCUGCAUCCCGAAGAAGCUGAUGCACCAGGCGUCCCUGCUCGGCGAGGCCAUUCAUGACUCGCAACCGUACGGCUGGAAGUUUGCCGAGCCGGCGUCGGUCAAGCACGACUGGGCCACGCUCACCGAGUCGGUCCAGAACCACAUCAAGUCGGUCAACUGGGUGACGCGGGUGGAUCUGCGCGACAAGAAGGUGGAGUACGUGAACGGGUUCGGGUACUUCAAGGACGCGCACAACGUGGUGGCGGUCAUGAAGAACAAAACGGAGCGCGUGCUGAGCACCAAGUACGUGGUGAUCGCCGUCGGAGGUCGUCCCCGGUAUCCGAACAUUCCGGGAGCGGAGGAGUACGGCAUCACCAGCGAUGACAUCUUCAGCCUGCCCCAGGAACCGGGCAAAACGCUGGUGGUCGGUGCCGGCUACAUUGGCUUGGAGUGCGCCGGAUUCCUGAAGGGUCUGGGCUACGACGCCACCGUCAUGGUGCGAUCGAUCUUGCUGCGUGGAUUCGACCAGCAGAUGGCGACCAUGGUUGGCGACGCCAUGGUCGAGAAGGGCAUCAAGUUUAUGCACAAGACUCAGCCCACGUCCGUGGAGAAGCAGGAGGACGGACGCCUGCUGGUAAAGUACGCCUCGGACGAGGGUGUGGAAGGUUCGGACGUUUACGACACCGUCCUGUUCGCGAUUGGCCGCACCGCCUGUACCAAGGAUCUGAAGCUGGACCAGGCCGGCAUCGUUACCGCCGAAGGUAACAAGUCGGACAAGCUUGACGUUACCGUGCAGGAGCAAACCAACGUCGACAACGUCUUCGCCGUCGGUGACGUCCUUUACAAGAAGCCGGAACUCACCCCGGUUGCGAUCCAUGCCGGUCGUCUGCUGGCACGCCGCCUGUUCAACAACCAGUCCGACGUGAUGGACUACACCGAUGUGGCCACCACCGUCUUCUCACCCCUUGAGUACGGCUGCGUCGGACUGAGCGAGGAGGACGCCGAGGCCAAGUACGGCAAGGAAAACGUCGAGGUGUACCACGCGUACUACAAGCCAACCGAGUUCUUCGUCCCGCAGCGCAGCGUCCGCUACUGCUAUCUGAAGGCCGUGGCUCUGCUCGAGGGCGACCAGAAGGUGCUCGGACUGCACUUCCUCGGACCCGCCGCCGGUGAAGUCAUCCAAGGAUUUGCCGCCGCCGUCAAGUCCGGCCUCACGAUGAAGAUCCUGAAGAACACCGUCGGCAUCCACCCGACGGUCGCGGAGGAAUUCACGCGUCUGCUGAUCACCAAGAGCUCAGGACUGGAUCCUACUCCGGCCACGUGCUGCAGCUAAGCUGGAAGGCACCCUAAAACAAACACACACAUUCGCCUCUUGAUGCUCGUGUACUUGUUGUAAUACGGUAGGAAGCAGGGUGCAGGUCGCAAUCAAAUUGUGACUGUUCUAUUCUCGGCUCUAGUAGAUAAACAAAUUGAUAAACCCCCACUUUUUUGUUUGCACGUACUAAAUUUGCAGUUGCGCCGACAAAGUGUGAAUCGACUAGGCAGGCAGAAGGCAGUGAAGAAGAUUAUUAAAGUAAGCAAGCAUGCAAGUAGAAACACGAACAUACACAUACACUACAAACACACCAGCAGCAGUAUCAUUAUUAAUGUACUUUUCACAUGUAGGGAGCAAACCAUAUUUGUGAAUGCAAACUGAAAAUUGAUAAUAAAGAAACCAACACGCAGUGUAGAA